GAAAACGAUGCACCAAUGCUAAUGUUUCGCGUACUGUAGCCUGUAGUUAAGUCUACAUGAAAAGGACGGAUAUAUGAGUUCAAAUUUAAUUGUAGCCUACACGCUUUAUUGGUAGCUAAUUACUUAAAUAGGCGUGCGUAUUACAUGAACGAUAAAACAACAGAAGAAAUUGGUUUCAAAAUCCCAGAAAGAAUAGCCGACACGGGGUGACUCCAGGCUGAAGUAAUUGGGAAGCCUCUCGACAAGACUGCAAUACGUCUGUAUGUGUGCGCAUGUGGUGUGCGUGCGUGUGCGCCUGCGUGUGUGAACAGAAAACAUUCAUAAAAAGGGAUUUAUACAAUUAAAAACAGAUGAAAAUCGACAAACACAUAACUGUACGAAACUGCUUGAAAAAGAAGCAUAUUUUCAAAUUGAUUAAGAAUCCUCUAAUUAAACAGGAAAACGUUCCGUCGAAUUAAUUGCUGUACCUCAGCAACGCUUCCGAGUUAAGGCUAUGCUCUACGAAUCUGUGCUCGCGCUCCAUGCCUGCCGGUAAAAGAUGAAGCGCAUUUGAUGAAAAAAUCAGACCGGCUAUUUUCGCAAGUCGUUGGAAUUAAGAAUUUCCCUAAGAAGCAUACUAUUAUUUGCAAUUUGGUUUUACAUAUUUAGACAGUAAAACACUUCAUUUUGUUUUGAUGAAUAGCCAAGAUUUGCUAAAUCGAUACAGCUACACUGCAGCAAUAGAAUCUCCGAAAAACCGUGGUCUGUGUCAUCUCAUGUCAUGACUUCUAGUAGAUCCUCCCACUAAUGCCUUUGCCUAUUUAUACAGCUUAGAAUUUGCGGAGACGGGUAGUCAGACAGCAGGGAUUGCGCGAGAAAAAAUUGCUACAACUCCGCUGAGUGCCAGCUGUGGCUGCCAACAUGCCUCUACUGGAAGAAAGCUCACUGUCCAGGGACCACCUUCUUACCGUGCCAGUGGUCAUUAUCGGAAAUGGUCCAUCUGGAAUAUGCCUGUCAUACUUACUGAGUGGAUAUAGGCCUUACUUGGACACUGGAGUCGUGCAUCCAAACCCAGUUCUCUUCAGGAAACUACAGGAUACAAAGCACCUUGCCAUUACUGACCAGGAUUUGCAGUAUCUGAGUGAGGGGCUGGAGGGGAGGUCAUCCAACCCAGUGGCGGUCCUGUUCGACACCCUGCUGCAUCCCAAUGCCGACUUUGGCUACGAGUUCCCUCCCGUGCUGCAGUGGAGGCAGGAGAACCAGUACCACGUACCACACCUGGUCCUGGGCCGCGCCGCGCCCGGGGGAGCCUGGCACGCAAUGGAGGGAUCCAUGCUGACCAUUAGUCUGGGCAUUUGGAUGGAGCUCCCUGGGGUCAACUACAGAGACCUAACUGCAGGGAACCGAAGGGGUGUGGCAAAUGACAGGGCCACGCCAGAAGAGAUCUCAUCCUACUACAAGAACUAUGUGAAGCUGAUGGGCCUGCAGAAGAACUUUCUGGACAACGCGUACGUGACGUCUGUUCAGCGGCUGCACCGCGACCACGAGGAUGCCGUGGAGAGUGAGGGCAGGGGGGAUGCUGUGGACGGAAAGAAGGAAAUAGAGGUGAAGGAUGGCAGCCCUGCCAUGCUGCCCCAGGGCAUCUGGGAGGUGAGGGGCUACCAGCAGGUCCAAGGGGAUGCCCACGUGCCUUUCAGCAUCUUCGCUGAGAAUGUGGUCCUGGCUACAGGUGCCUCCGAUGCCCCCGCCCGGCUACUGGUGGAAGGAGAGGACUUCCCGUUCGUCUUCCACAGCAUCGCUGACCUCGGCAUGGCCGUAAGCAAGGGGACACUGGACCAGAACUCGGACCCCGUACUGAUAGUGGGGGCGGGCCUGAGUGCGGCCGACGCCGCCUUGUGCGCUUACAACAACAACAUUUCCAUCCUGCACGUCUUCCGGAAGCGGGUGGACGACCCGGGCCUGAUCUUCAAGCAGCUGCCGAAGACGCUCUACCCAGAAUACCACAAGGUCUACCACUUGAUGUGCUCCCAGACUCACUCUGCAGCUGCCACUGAGGCCACCACAGCUCCAGCCUCUGGUAGGUUCCAGGACUACACCAGUUUCCCCGAGCACUGCGUCGUAUCCUUCCAGCCGGACAUGAAAUGCGUUCUGAGGAGCGGCACCAAUUCUACGGUCUUCAAGGUCUCCAUGGCUCUGGUGCUCAUCGGCACCCACCCAAACCUGUUUUUCCUCAAGGACCAUGGCCAGUAUCUGGCCCUCGACCCCAGCAAGCCCAUCUCCUGCAAACAUAACCCUAUUGAAAUCCAUCCUUACACAUUCGAGUGCACCAAGGAGGCCAACCUUUUCGCCAUGGGCCCUCUGGUUGGAGACAACUUUGUGCGCUUCCUGAAAGGUGGUGCCCUGGGCAUUGCCAGCUGUCUGAUGAAGAGGCUGAAAAAGAAGGGCGAGCUGAUAGCUGAUGGGGGAGGUGGCGGUGGGGGUGGGUUAGUCUAAGAAUGAAAUAAAAAGCUACGGCUGGCGAGAGGUUAGAGUGCGGGCAGUGCCAUAGCUAACGCUUUCCUAAAUGUUUACGGAUGCAGUGGAUAUAUCUACUUUAAAGCUUUCUUACAAUUAAAAAAAAAAAAUUACGGGGAAAAAUGCAAGGCUGUUAUACAUUAAUGGAGCCUCUCACUCACUGCACAGUUCAUGUGGGAAAACAAAAUGCAAUUUUGAUGAAAACAUUUUUAGUCAGAACAUUUAUUUUCAAUCAUGAAAUGCUGUCUAAGUGCAAUGUGCCAAUGUCAUUCCGACAGUAUGUAAAUAUACAUAGCUCACAGCUUUCAGGUUUGUACAUUUGUUGUGCUGGGGACACAAUCUUGCAAACUCAUCCCAUUCUUGUAAUUCUGAAAAAGACACAUUAAUAUAAAAACUAAAAAUAAAAAUUUUCUUCCGUUCGCCCUGGAGAGCAGUAGAUUCUCCACUUCCAGAUUCAGUGUUUCCUGAGCAAGCACACGUAUUGCCAGUUUCUGCAGACUAAUCUAAUUAUGUCCUGAUUUUAGAAAUGUGGCUCAGAAACACUUGACAUUGUGAAACUGACAAUAUGAAAAUUCAAGGGCCGACAUUUUCAUAUAUUAAAAACUGUGUACCCCAAUAUCCAACAGAAUGAAGAUUUACAUUAAAACCACUGUCUAUUGUGCAAAAGUCAGUGUUAAGGAUAGGUAAGCACAUUAUAUUAUAAAUAAAAAUUAUAUAUUGUUAUAUAUCGUUCAAUUAUUUAAUUUCAGUUUAAUUCAGUUACUUAUAAAGGUUUUUUCCUUACUGGGGAAGAUUGAUGGAGUGCCUGCUAUUAAAAAAAGGAAAUCACAUUCUGAAAAAAUGAAUGUACAUGUUUAUGGAUCAGGAAACAUGGCCUUCUCCUUUCAAACUACACUUAUGCUACUGUACAUGUAAUAGUAAAAGCAAUCAUUCUAUCCCAUUUUGUUUUCCCAUAUUUCUGUUGUGCUAAACUGUCAGGGGUAGUUGUAAGGACUGAAAAAGGAGCUUAUUUAAAUUAUGGACCUUUGACUACAUUUAUGCACCUUCCAUGGCGUUGCAGCAUUUUCAGUGACUUAACAGUGACAUUUAGGCAGACAACAAAGAACAGGUAAAGAGGAGGAUGGUAAAAAUGGAGAAACAAACCUACUGAAUACUGUGAAAAUAUAAUCCGUGACAGACUAUACAGGCAAGAGGAAGUAUAUUGGUUUAUGUAGUAAUGCCCGUUUGAACUAACAUCAGACAGUAGAAUCUUCGCAAUUAGGUACACCCGUUGUCAUGGUAAUUUUGCUGUCUGUUUUAAAAGAGGCUUGGCAUGUGAAGGCGAGACAAAAAAACUCAAUGUUUUACUACAUGUUUUGUAAACAGGAAUUUUUUUUAUUAUGGACAAAUAAAAUAUUUUAAAAAUA